AAGAAGACCCCCUCCAAAACCGCAAAAGGUCGAGAGAAACCGUUGGUUAUACAUCAAAAUGAGAUUGCUUGUGACUUUCUUAACAGUAGCUGUACUAUUGAUAGAGAUAUCGAAUGCAGUCCAAUUGGAUGAAGCUUCGGCUAACCAACUGCGGAGCCUGGAGGGUUUAAUUGGAGAUGCUGUGUCGAAUAUUGAAAAUUUAAAAGUCGAUCUGCAGGAAGCAGUACUGUAUGAUGAGUUCCACAACCCAGAAUCGGUUUUGUCGAAUGUUACUAGAGUGAUUCAGAAACUGCAAGAAAUCACCAGUACGACGGAAAGUCUUCUGCUGCAUUCUCAGUUCGAGCGCUAUCGUACAAUAAUCGCAGCUAUAAGGAUUAUCAACAGUACCUGUGCUCGAAUGGCCAUCGAACUGGAAAGGGUUCGGCCCAUAAUCGGCCCUGGAACAUUAUCAGACGAAACGCAGGAAAAAGCCUCCGAUGUUAGUCAACACUUGAACGUGGGACAGGUUCUACUGGAGAGAUAUCUCGCGAUAUUGAUGGAUACAUCUUGAAUCUGAAUGAUUAAUAUAGUUGGAAUGUUCCAUUUUGAUUAAUAAAUUGACGUCAUCACCAGCUGUUUAA